AUGAUUAGCACGCUCUGGGAAUCUUUCUUGAGAGACGAUGUUGAAAGCUUCCAGCGAUGCCUGGCGAACGCCAAUUAUACGUCUGGUAGCCAGAGGCCUUCCGCCGCGGGAGGAGGCUCAGGCUUCAAGGUUGGAAGCCUCGAUGGAGUGACACCAUCUUCUCCUUUCUCCUCAAAAGGCAAAAAGCUGAGCGGGACAUCUCCUGGAGCUACCACGCCUGAUCGAAAUACCGGAAGCCCGCGUCCUGGCAAGGCAUUGUCCCGCGCAGACUUAAAUACGAGAGAUCACUAUGGCAGAACUCUCCUACACCUUAUCUCUUCAUCACAGAAGCCGUCUGCUAUUCACUUCGCGAAAUCUCUCCUCAAGAUCCCCUUUCUUGACUUGUAUGCGCAGGAUUGGGAGAGUGGAUGGACAGCUCUGCACCGGGCACUUUACGCAGGCAAUGCUACCAUAGCACAGGCCCUGAUGGCUCGAGACAUAAGUGAUGUAACCGAUUUCAGCAAGUCAGGGAACGUGGGCCACCCCAGCGGUGGCCUUAUCAAGAUUAAAGAUCGGGAAGGUUUUAGUCCUUUUGAAGUAUACGGCGCUACCAUUGCUUCUCGAGACAUCAAACGGAUCACCUCCUCCAGUGCAUCUCUCAUCCCCUCAGAGCUGGAGCAUAGUGACAUCGCUUCAGAUGCACCGUCCCUUCAAGACGACUCAGGUGAAGACAGCUGUGUCGGCCGAGGUUCACUAAAUCCGCGGACGAAUUUGGCUGCCGAUGAAGUCUUUACGUUUGGCAGCAACAAGAAUCUAAACCUUGGCCUAGGAGAUCAGGAUGAUCGUCAGUUUCCCGUGAGGAUCAAUCUUGAGCGCCCGGAGCACCUUCUGCGCCGAUUCUAUCGUGAAUUCCUGGACCGGCAAUCAGAUGAUGGUGAGCCGUCUUCCCAACAAGACGUGACUCGCACCGCAGAACUACCAGCCUUGAUAAAAAACAAACCUAUCAAGAUUCAGGCUAUCGCCAUGUCAAAGCUCCAUACAGCUAUUAUCACCGAUGAUCCUGAGUCAAAUCUCUUCUUGUGCGGCUUUGGUCCCGGCGGACGUUUAGGUACUGGCGACGAGCAGACAAGGUUCGGCUUCGUGUGCAUCGAAACAGGGGGACUCGCUCGUAAGAGAGUUAUUGCAGUGGCUCUUGGCCAAGACCACACCCUCGCGAUAACCGCGCACGGUGAGGUUUUCAGCUGGGGCAGUAAUAAGUAUGGACAACUCGGUUAUAGCCUUCCGCGAAUGCAGAACCGAGAUGAUGUGCCCAUGCAGAUGUCUCCGAGGCAGAUCUUCAAUCCAUUCAAAAAAGAAGUGAUCCUCGGGGUGGCUGCGUCUGCGAUUCACUCUGUGGUCUUCAGUAGUUCUGGCCUUUAUACCUUCGGUAAAAACGAAGGUCAACUCGGAUUAGUCGAUUCGGACGCUCGAUCCCUUGAAUACCAGAUUACGCCUCGGCGCGUUGGAGCGUCCCUAUUCGGCGCUGGUAUACAGAGUGUGUCUGCCAUCGACCACGCCACAAUCGUUCUUCUCCAAAACCAUGAAGUUUGGGUGUUCUCUCAAUAUGGCUAUUCCAGGCUCUCAUUUCCGUUGGGCGUCAGCUCAAGCUUCAUUAGAAACAGCUUCAUGGCAACUCGGUAUGACACAUCAGCCAAUCGCGUGGUUCAGGUGAAAUCCGGAGGCGAUACAAUCUGUGCACGGUCAAGUUCUGGUGAAGUCUUCACAGUUCGCGUUAAUAGAUCUGAAAAUCCGCCAACUUCAACUUCGACUACAAAUCCAUCGAAGACUCGCAACUCCCUAUCGGCUUCAGUCCGGGUUUGGACUGUGAAAAAGUCGCAUAUGGCCGUCACAGAUGUUGAUGUCGGACAAGACGGAUCCAUCAUCAUAUGUACGGCUUCGGGGUCAGCUUGGACAAAAGAGAAGCGCAGUAAGGCGAAAGAUGGUACCUCAAAGGACUACAAAUUUGCUCGUGUCCCAGGCCUUUCUCGUGUUGUGGGGGUGUGCAGCAACGCCUAUGGGGCUUACGCCGUAGCGCAGCGCGACUACGAUGUGACCAAGGAGCAGAUCAAUGUCGAUCAAAGCACAUUAUGGGAAGACUUCCUCCCAUUAUCGCCCUUCGCUUCGCUAGUAUCCACCGUAACUCCGUUAAAGACGGAUGAUGCCUCAGAUGCUCUUUCGGAUGGAGGAUCCGCCAAUGCAAUGAAGAGAGUGGCAAUGUCGAUUUCGGACAUUGAAUCUUACUUCCAACCUCUUCGAAACGAGGCACCCGAGGGCACCGUAUUCCUCUUGAGCUCUCUUUCUGAUGCUCGGAUACCAGUCCAUGAAUUCAUCUUGACCGGGCGUAGCUCGGUUCUCAGGAAGGCGUUCCAUGAGUUUCGACAGGCAUACUACUUUUCUUUGCCUGAUAUUCUGGACAUUGAGUAUGGGCCAAAUGGGCAGUGCCAUGUGCGGUUCAAUGGAUUGGACUUUUUGACGAUCCUCAAUCUUGCUUUUUUUCUAUAUGCAGACAAUGUGCUGGACGUAUGGCACCAGAUGAGAGCUUCGGCUGCUAAUACGUCAAGAUAUCGUCAAGUUCGCUCUGAGGUUAUGCGGAUCGCAACAUAUCUGGGCCUGCCGACCUUGGAACGAGCUGCGCGGCUCAUGAUAGAGCCUAUGAAAAGUCUGAAAUCUGAUAUGGCCCAUGCGUUUAACGAUCCGACUUUCUUCGAGAGCUCUGAUGUAACGAUCGAGCUCAACGGCGAAACAAUGAAGGCUCACAGUCAAGUACUUUGCCGGAGAUGCCCCUUUUUCGACACCUUGUUCAACGGGCGCUCUGGCGGAAAAUGGCUAUUAUCGCGCCGUACAGGUGCGAAUGACAGCAUUCGCGUUGAUCUCAAACACUUAGACCGGCCCGUCUUUGAAUUUGUUCUUCGUUAUAUCUAUACGGACGCGGAGGAGCAGCUUUUUGACGAGGUCCGAUCGAAAACGCUGGACGGAUUCAUCGAUCUUGUACUUGAUGUCGCGUUCAUAGCGAAUGAACUGAUGAUCGACCGAUUAGCGCAAGUAUGUCAGAAGAUGCUAGGCAAAUUCGUAACCACGACCAACGUAUGCGGCCUCCUCAAUUCGAUUUCUCCCUGUGCGGUGAGCGAGUUCAAAGAUGCUGCACUGGAGUAUAUCUGCCUCAAUCUGGAAGAUGUUUUGGCACAAAGGUUGGUUUGCAUUCCUACACAUAUCAGAGGAGAUCUUAACGCGUCACGCAGGUGUCUCAGAGACCUUGAUGAGAACUUGCUUGAGGCUCUUGAUACUGUCUGCCAUGAAAAUCAAAUGACAAGCUUCCCAGUGUCGAGAGGACGGAAUUCUGAAGCCUAUGUGCUUGAGAAGUACCCUGAACUUGUCGCAUCGAUACAAGCGGAUAGACGGCGGAUGAUUGAUUCGAUGAGGCUCCAGUCCCGUCUCAACUGUCUUCAAAGCUACGAGGAGAAGCCCCGUCCUGUCACUGACGAGAAGCUGCGUGCGUCACUGUCAGUGCAGAAGGCCAAGGCAGCUUCUCUUAAAGAGAACUCGGACAUACCUCGUAGUCCCAUUUUGAAGUCCAGACAAUCAACCAGUGACUUGAUGUUCCAAAUGGACGAUGACCCCAUGCUAUCACCCGCAGAUUCAUCCAAGGGAAAGACAGCAAUCCGCAAAGGUAUGGCGUCGGAGCCGUCACGAGAUUUUCCAGCGUUGGGCACAAGUCUCGGUGACAAGCAAGCGUUCAACAACGAUUCCAAUGUCAUGCCAGAAUCGUUGCAGUUGCCCCAAGAGAACGCACUUUCCGACUCGCCUUCAGUAUUCAGAGCAGCAGUACUCGAACAGAAGAAGAAUGGUUACCCCAUCUCCAGCCCAACCCAAACACCGUGGGCUUCGUCGGCUAUCUCAACUCCGAAGAAAGAUUUGAAGGAUAUUAUGUCCGAAACCUCGGAGAAAAGGGUGUCCAAUUUAAGCCUUGGCAUGUCCGCUCGCCGUGAGAACAGCAAUAACUUUACCCCCAAGCUGUCUCAGAAGGAAAGGAAGAAGCUUCAACAGCAGCAAUUGCAGGAGAAGCUUGCGGCUCAGGAUAAGGCGAAGGAGGCACCACAGAAUCCAUGGAAACUUUCUACUCCUGUCAAAUUACCAGACAAGCCUGGUACUCCUUUUGGAUCUCAUGGAAAGGACGGGGAGUCUUCUCAACCGUCAAAGUUCGCUCAGAAGCCUUCUAUGACCCUUCGUCAAACAGUUGCUGGGACACCGCCGCCCAGAUCAACACCAAGCGCAACACCAACACCUGGCCAAGGCCGCAGUGUCUCUGGCGGCCCCCAGCCACCCCUGAAAUCUUCGCCACAACAAGCCGCAGCCGGGCCCUCGACAUCUCCCAAUGGUCUAGCUAGUGCUCAGACCCCCAUCAAAUCCAUACGCCACAUACCACGCCCUGAACCGUACCAGACGAGUUUUUGUUCUCCUUCACCUAACUCGUUGUCCUUGGCUGCAAUAUUAAUGCAGCAGCAGACCGAAAAGGAUGAACUGCGCGAGGCAGCAACAGCUAAGCAUAAUUUUCAAGAUAUUCAGCUGGAGCAGGAGUUUCAGGAAUGGUGGGACAAAGAGAGCAGGCGUGUUCAAGGGAUACUGGAGCCUGAUUCAACCACAGCCAGUCAAAAGGACAGCGAAGGCAGAGGUGGUCGCGGCGGACGCGGUAGAGGAUCAAACAAUCGCAAGAAGCGUGGCAAGGGCCCGGAGAAUGCUACUGGUUCUCCGGGAUUAACUCAACAGCUGUCUCGGGCGAAGGGCCAGAACGGGCAGAAGUUCUCAGACUCUCGUCGGGACAACCUGCAACCCGAAACGAAUGGAAAUCAUGCGAGCUCUGCCGGCGGCAAUUCUCGUCGCGGUGGCAGAGGAGGCCAUCCGAAGAAGGGAAAAGAACGCGACCGAACUGUGUCAGGCCAGACAGUUCAAUGA